AUGGAUAGAGAACAAAAUAACAGCAGUCAUAUGGGCUCUAAUAUACCAGUUUUAGAUGUUGAUGUAUCUAUCCCCAUAGAUGUUAAGAAAGCCGUUGAGACCCUCGGUGGUAGCACCUAAAUGUUCUAUAUGAUGCUUGAAAAAUUUGAGGAUAUGAGUUUGAUGGAUUGUAUGCAGAAAUUGGCAAAAGAUGUGGAGAGAAAAGAUUUUAAAGAGAUGAAACUAGAUGCUCACUCUUUGAAGGGAGCUAGUGGAUACAUUGCUGCCUCACAUAUACAUUAUGCUUGUUAUUUCAUCCAGGAACAUCAUUAGUAUGAUAGAUACUAAGAGAUGAUGGAAUACUAUCCUACAUUACUAGAGGCUGCAGUUGAAUUCAGAAUUUUUUCCAGAUAAUUACUUGCUAAAUAUAAAAAUUAACAAUACAAAAUUGUGCCUGAGCAUGAAACCAUUCCGAUUGCCAAUGGCUUCAGAAUCGCUAAGGAUCCGAAGGAUGGAACAUAUUAUGCCCUUUAAGGAAACUAGACUAAGAUAAAUCCUAAAACCCCAGGGGAUGAAUGGUUAGCAAGAAAAUCCCGUAACUAUUAAAUUUCAAAUGAGUAUUCUUCUUAGGAUUCAGUUCGAGGAGCCAAGAAUAAUUUCAUUAGUUUAAUGAUUAGUACGCAAAGGCCUAGACAGUAAAUAAAAUAGUUUAUUAUCUUGCUAUAGGGAUUAAAAGAUGUCUCAUCAUAGAGAUAUAACCAGUUUAAUAGACAAUAGAAUUAUGGAAUAAAUAGAGGCAACAGCAUUGUAGGAGAAUCUAAAUCUAACUAAUUUAGCUAGUAGAUGGAUAACUUCGGCAAUCCAAAGUUUGAAAGUCCUUAGACAAAUUCACUUGUAAACAUUAGCUAGUUGUCUAAUGUACCCAAGGAUGUUAGAGAGAGACAGUAGUAGAAGUUUAAAGAAGACGAAGAUCAGUACAUGCAAACUGAGGAGCCUAAGACAAUUAGUGACAGCUCAUGUUGUACUCAAUGUACUAUAUUUUGA